AGGUUUGCAACAAUGGCGGACAAACUAGAGAAUCCCAUAUUGCAGUGAAGCUCAACCCAACAUCAUGACUCCAGAGUCUUGGAACUGUGCCUUCAGAGGAGUAAGCAGCUUUUGGGCCUCUUCAACAGAAAUGGACCUAAGGCUUAUUCACGACCUCACCAAGUUAUCUUCUUAUAUUGACAACUGCACCAACAUUGAAAAAUGGGUGUGAACUAAGGGCCAUCAGAGCUCUGGUGAAGAAAUGCAAAUAAGAAUGCAUCCAAUUGCAAUGAAACAACAUACUCUUCUGGGAAAUGAAGUGACCCUAAAGAGUUCAGAUCUGCCUUGAUUGAAGUGUGACAUAAAAUGUUACAGCAGCUUUGCUUCUCAAAAUGGUUAGCGAUAGGGAUGGCAGUUUCUGCUGUCUUCAUGGAUUCUUUGGCCCAGAAUGAUGAUGACUGGCAAUAUGAGGACUGCAAGUUGGCCAGGGCAGGUCCUCCAGCAACAAUAGUUCCAAUUGAUGAAGAGAGUCGGAAUGGCACAAUAUUGGUAGACAAUAUGUUGAUCAAAGGUACAGCAAGGGGACCUGAUCCCACCAUUGAACUGACAUUAAAGGACAACGUAGACUACUGGGUUAUCUUAGAUCCUAUCAACCAGAGGCUUUAUCUAAACAGUACUGGACGAAUUCUCGACCGAGAUCCACCAAUGUCCAUUCAGUCUAUUGUGGUUCAAGUCCAGUGCAUUAACCGAAAAGUAGGAACUGUUAUCUAUCAUGAAGUUCGGAUUGUAGUGAGGGACAGAAAUGAUAACUCUCCCCAGUUUCAGCAGCAGCAGUACUAUGUAGCAGUCAACGAGUUGACACCAGUUGGAACUACCAUCUUUACAGGAUUCUCUGGAAACAAUGGUGCCACAGACAUAGAUGAUGGUCCCAAUGGACAGAUAGAGUACGUCAUCCAGUACAAUCCCAGCGACCCAACUUCAAAUCGAACUUUUGAUAUUCCUCUUACACUGUCUGGAGCAGUAGUUUUACGUGAGAGGCUAAAUUACGAAGAAAAAACACGCUAUUUUGUCAUUGUCCAAGCCAAUGACCGAGCUCAAAACCUUAUGGAGCGAAGAACAAGUACAACCACCCUUACUGUUGAUGUCCUUGAUGGGGAUGACCUUGGACCAAUGUUCCUUCCAUGCGUUUUAGUUUUUAACACUCGGGAUUGUCGGCCGCUCACUUACCAGGCUAGCUUGCCGGAGCUCACGGACCCUGCACGUGUGAACCCAAUCAAUGUCACACCAACUAUACAAGCUAUAGAUCAGGACCGAAACAUCCAGCCUCCUUCAGAUCGGCCAGGGAUCCUCUAUUCCAUCUUAGUUGGGACUCCUGAGGAUUAUUCACAGUAUUUCAGUAUGAAUGCGACAACUGCUGUACUCAGCCUCCUAAAGCCAAUAAACAGGGAUUUGCACCAGAAAUUUGAUUUGGUUAUUAAGGCAGAACAAGACAAUGGUCAUCCUCUUCCAGCGUUUGCCAAUCUACAUAUUGAAGUUCUAGAUGAAAACAAUCAGAAGCCUUACUUCACAGAAGCAGCAUACGAGGGCUUUAUUUUAGAGUCCUCCCCUGUGGGUACAACGAUCUCAGAUAACCAGAACUUGACAUCUCCACUGCAGAUCAUAGCUUUGGAUAACGAUGUAGAAGAGACAAAGGACCCCCUGCUCCAUAUUUUUCUAAACGACUACAACACCUUUUUCACUGUGACUCAGACUGGCAUAACUCGCUACCUCACCUUGCUUCAACCAGUUGACAGGGAGCUCCAACAGCUGUACACCUUUUCGAUGAUAGCUUCUGAUGGUGUGCAAGAAAGCCCCCCAGUCACAGUCAAUAUUGUUGUGAUUGAUGCAAAUGAUAACUCUCCAGCCUUCUCCAACAUAUCAUAUAAUGUCAAGAUUUACACAGACAUGAGGCCUGGAGAAAGCGUUAUCAAGCUCACCGCCAUGGAUGCUGAUGAAGGUUCAAAUGGGCGGAUCACAUAUGAAAUCCUGGCCGGAGAUCCGGGAGACUUUGUGAUCAAUGAUCAGACGGGCCUUAUCACUAUUGCUCCAGGAAUUGAAUUGGUGGUAGGACGUUCCUAUGCCCUCACUGUCAAAGCAUCUGACAGUGCUCCUCUUGCACAGAGAAGGAGUUCCAUCACUACUGUUUACAUUGAGGUUCUUCCUCCAAAUAAUCAGAGCCCACCCCGCUUUCCCCAGCAGAUGUACAGUCUUGAACUUAGUGAGGCCAUGAGAAUUGGUGCCAUUUUGCUAAAUUUGCAGGCAACUGAUCGAGAGGGUGACCCCAUAACAUACGUCAUACAGAAUGGAGAUCCUCAGCACGUAUUUAACCUUUCUCGAACAUCUGGACUUCUGGCAUUAGGAAAACCUUUAGACAGAGAAAGCACCGAUCGCUACAUUUUGAUUGUUACAGCCUCAGAUGGCCGACCAGAUGGGACAUCAACUGCUACAGUGAAUGUGGUUGUAACAGAUGUAAAUGACAAUGGGCCAGUCUUUGAUCCUUUUCUGCCUAAGAACCUUACAGUACUAGAAGAGGAAGCCAAUGCAUUUGUUGGUCAAGUGAGGGCUACUGACCCAGAUGCUGGAGUAAAUGGUCAAGUCCGUUACAGUUUGGCGAACUUCAACAAUAUUUUCCGCAUAACAUCCAAUGGCAGUAUUUACACUUCAGUGAAGCUAAAUAGAGAAAACAGGGACUAUUAUGAACUCAUUGUUGAAGCAACAGAUGGAGCUGUGGAUGCCCGCCGUACAACAUUAACUGUGGGAAUCAAAGUUCUGGAUAUUGAUGACAACAGCCCUGUGUUCACGAAUGCCUCCUAUACAGUGACUAUUCCUGAAAACCUGCCCCCAGGCACUGUCUUCCUACGUUUAGAGGCUAAGGAUAUUGACCUUGGAGCCAAUAUUACCUAUGGAAUACGAACCCGGGAAGCGUUGCAGUAUUUUUCAUUGAACAGAUUUAACGGGGACCUGUCACUUAUAAAGUCCUUGGAUUUUGAGUCAUUUCCUGACCCAGAUGCAGCAUUCACUUUUUUAGUGGAAGCCUUCGAUAUUGGGGGAACAAUGCCUCCAGGCCUUGCUACUGUCACUGUGAGAAUAAGGGAUAUGAACGAUUACUCCCCAGUAUUUAGAAAACCUCUGUACAGGGGCAUGGUUGCUCCUGAUGCAAUCAAGGGCACGGUUAUAACAACAGUUGAAGCUGAGGAUCUGGACCCUCCGGGGACACCAGCGAGUUGGGUGAGGUAUAAAGUGGAUGUGGUCCAGUUCCCUUACAGUGCAAGUAUCUUUGAUGUCGAAGAAGAUUCUGGACGUGUGGUUACUCGUGUGAACCUUAAUGAAGAGCCCAGUACAUUAUUUAAGCUCGUGGUCAUCGCCUAUGAUGAUGGGGAUCCUGUGAAGUUCAACACCACCACUGUAGAAAUUUCAGUAUUGCAACCCUCAGUAAUUCCAAGGUUUACCCAGGAUGAAUACAGGCCCCCUCCUGUGAGUGAAGGUGCACCCAAAGGAACUCACGUUGUUGUUGUAACUGCUGCUGCUUUGAAUCAGACGAUUAUCUAUUCCAUUGUUUCAGGAAAUGAAGACGAUGUGUUUGCAAUUAAUAACAGAACAGGUGUCAUCUCCGUCAAAAACCCACUGGAUUAUGAAACUGUGAAAAGCUAUUUACUUCGCGUGCAAGCAGACUCGCUACAAGUGGUCCGCUCCAAUUUACCUGUGCCAUCCAAAAGUAAUACUGCCAAGGUGUUCAUUGAAGUACAGGAUGAAAAUGACCAUGCUCCUGUCUUCACAAGGAAGCAAUACAUAGGAGGCGUGUCUGAAGAUGCUAGAAUGUUCGCUUCCGUGAUGAAAGUGAAGGCGAAUGAUAAAGAUACGGGCAACUAUAGUGCUAUGCAGUACAGACUCAUCAUCCCUCCAAUCAAGGAUGGCAAGGAAGGUUUUGUGAUCGAACCUUAUACAGGGCUGAUCAAAACUGCUAUGCUCUUCAAAAACAUGCGGCGAUCGUAUUUCAAGUUUCAGGUCAUUGCUACGGACAACUAUGGAAAGGGGCUGAGCAAUAAAUCAGAUGUACUUGUCUCUGUAGUCAACCAGUUGGACAUGCAAGUCAUUGUCUCCAAUGUUCCUCCUACUCUUGUGGAACAAAGCAAGGAUCAGCUUAUAGGGAUUUUGGAACGCUAUAUUCAAGACCAGAUUCCUGGCGCAAGGGUUGUGGUAGAAUCCAUUGGUGCUCGCAGAUACGGAGAUGGCUAUUCAGAAGAAGACUAUUCGAAAUCCGAUCUUAUGGUCUACGCAAUUGACCCUCAAACAAACCGUGCUAUAAUGAGGAACGAGCUUUUCAAAUUUCUGGAUGGCAAGCUCCUGGAUAUCAAUAAAGAAUUCCAGCCGUACCUUGGGCAAGGAGGACGUAUUUUGGAAAUCCGCACUCCAGAUGUGGUGGCCAAUGUCAAGAAGCAAGCCCAAGCUGUAGGCUACACAGAAGGGGCAUUGCUGGCUCUGGCUGUCAUCAUCAUCCUUUGCUGCAUGCCUGCUAUUUUAAUAGUUAUGGUCAGCUACAAACAAUUUAAAGAGAGACAAGCAGAAUGUGCAAAGACAGCUCGAAUCCAGAUGGCCUUACCAGCUGGCAAACCAGCAAGCACUCCUGCCCACAAUCUCUAUGAAGAACUUGGCGACAGCACCAUGCGUGGAUAUGCACAGCAAGAGCAACAGCAAUUGCUGAGGCCGUCCCUUCUCAGACCAGAGGAACUUUCUAUGGAAUCUGGAAUUGAUCCUGGCCAAGAGUACUAUGGGCAAGAUUACUACAGUUAUGAACAUGGGUACGAAUUGCCUCAAUACGGAAGUCGUCGCCGAUUGCUGUCUCCUUCUGGAAUGUAUGAUGAGUAUGGCGAAGUGGUCGUGGAAAGCGAUGGCGGCUACUAUUAUAGCCCACAGGGACCUACAGCAGAAGCAGACAGGACAAGUCCUGGUGCAGUUGUUCCCAGCAGAGCUGUAAGCCAGAGACCAGGGCCUCCGGUAGCUAUUAGUGCAGUAGGUGAAGUGGCAGCUAUAAAGGCAGGCCCCAGCCAGGGAAGGAAGAAACUCAAAGCAGUGAUGCAGCUGAGCCGAAUAGCAGUUAGUGCCCCCAAGCCAGGAACCACCACGGAGGCAACACCAUCUCCUUGGAAGAAGGCAAAGAUCUUCCCAAUGAUGCUGCAGAAAGUGAAAGGGAAAGAUGCAGAUUACGCAGAGCUGGAGGCAGCAGCUCGCCAAGCGGAAGGAGAAGACAGCAUGGUUAUCAAGGGAAGCUAUUUCCAGAAAUCAGCAGGUGACGUGAUAUCAACAAAGAAGGUUGGCCGUGCCCUGAAGCGCACCUCCAAGAAAAUCCGGGAGCGUGGUACGUCAGAGGAAGUGAGCGAAUCGGAAUCAAAGUCAGGGAUUUCAAUCAGUGUCACAGCGGAAAGCGAGUCUGAAGUGAGCGACUACGGCAGGAGGAAAAGGAGAAGGACGUCGUCGUCUUCAAGUGAGUCAUCGUCGUCGUCCGCAAGUAGCACCUCUGCCUCCGAUAAAGACUACUUGAAAGUGACGCUGGACCAAGACGAAACCACUGAAAGCACAGUGGACUCUGAUGAAGAGCGUUCAGAUUCGUCCGGGUCCAGUUCAAGUAGCAGCAGCUCCGAAGACGAAACCUCCGAUUCUCAGAGCAAAGCGUCCGAAGAUACAGAGUCCAAGAUGUCGUCGUCGUUGCAGAGCUCCGUCAGCAGUGAAGUUACUGCCAGGACGAAGAAAAGCAGGAGCUCCAAGUCCAGUCUCAAGAACCGGUCAUCUACAGGAGGAAGUGAAUUAGAUGACACCAUAGAAGAACUAUCAGAAGAGGAAGAACCACCAUCAGCUAUAGAAGAGGAGGAAUCAGAUGACAUUGAAACCUCUAGUAAACAAAGAGGGGGCAGUGAGGACGAAAUUGACCCCGAGGAGGACAGUGAGGCAGAGAGAGGUACUACCAAGAGCUCAGCUGAUUCUGAAGAUGUCCCCAAAAGGGAGAGGAUUCGUAAAAAAGGACCCACAAGGAUCGCAGAUACUGCUGAGUCGGAAAAUCCCAGUGACUCUACAUCUUUUUAGAACACAGGAGGUGGAACAAGAGGUAGACAGCGUGCAGUGAGGUGUGGUUUUGGUUUGCUGUGCUCUUUCUGUGUUGCU